CGGAGCUGUGAAAGACUGACUGGUCUCUCUCCCCGCUCUCCGUUUCUCCUCUCCCUCCCUCUCUCUCUAAAUUCUCUAAAAUCUUCCUUUUGAAGCAAAUAUUCCUUGUAAAAGCCAAUCUAUUUGGGGUAGGGUUAAAUAGAACUAGAUUACAGGGGUCCCCUAAAAUGGAGGGAAGAGAAUCUAUUGGGGGUAGAGACAACAGCGGAAAGCCUAGAAAUCCCCUCCCCCAUUCUUUCCUUAAGUGUACUGGAGAACUCAUCUACACGACAGAUGAAAGCGCACAAAGAAUCGUCUUCCUCGGCUACCGAGAGAUAACUACUACUACUACUACUGGAGAACCCUGGGAAGAAGUAAAAUAUAAUAUGCCAGACCGGUUGGCAGUGGGGGCCAGGGAGUCAUUGUCGCAUGUAUAUAUUGUUUUCACUUAGCUUAGAUUCCUGUCCUGCCUCAGUCUUUCUCCUCCCUUCCAGAGAAUCAUCCUAAUAAUAGCGUUUUUUAAGUAAAAGAGGAAGAAGAGAAAAAAUGAGCAGAAAUAAUCAACAAAUUGAAAAACUCUGACAUUAUAUGCAGUGUUCCACACUCAUAUACCUCUACAGAGGAGCAAGGGGAGAGUGUCUUUUCUUUGGGAAUAUUCCAAAUCUCUUGUUUUGCACUGUGCUAAUGACUGUGGAUCUUGUUUUCUUGGCUUCACUCUGCAUCAGUGCAUGCACAUCUUUACUUGCUUCUGGAUAUUAUUCACCACACAGCCAUUUUUUACAGCUCAGUAAUAUUUCCUUACAUUCAUGAACCAGAAGUUGUUUGCCAUUCUCCAAUCCAUGGCCAUCUCUUUCUGUUCUUUGCUGUCACCAAGAGUUCCUGUAAAUAUUUGGAUGCCUUUGGAACCAUUCUUCUUAUCAGUGACCUCCUUGGAAUAUAUACCUGGCAGAGGAGGAAUCUCUGGGUCUAAUGAUUGAGAAGAUGGCAGCAUAGAGGCAGCUAAAGUUCAGACCUCUGAAAACCCUUCCUUAUCGAUUGCAAACUAAGUGCUCCUAGGGGACUGAAAAUCAAACCUAACAACAAGACAGAGCCAAGGAACCCUCCUGCUGGAUUCAACUUAAAAGCCCAAACUAAUGAAGUCAUCUCCUACUAUAGGAAUGGCUGGAUUUUAGAGUUGGAAAGAGACUUAGAAUCCAUCAUCUUCAUUUUCCAGAAGAAGAAUCAAAGUCCCAGAAAGGGGAAGUGAUGGCCAAGCACAAGCUAAGUGGCACAAUGGAACUCAUAUCCCAAAGCAUACAGUCUACAGGAAAUCUGGAGGAAGACCUUCUCUACUCAGGAUCCUUGCCUUUCAAACUUUGAUUGUUUCAGAUUCUCUAGACCCAAGAACUGUUAGAGCCUUCGGUCAAGGCCAAAGAGCCAGUACGGUCCCUGCUAUUGAAGUAGUGGUUUUGGAGAACCUGACAGAAAACACCCUACGCUCCUGGAGCAAAGAACCCAGAGGCUCCCAAAGUUCUUCUGUGUCGGGAGAACAACACAUUUCUGCAUUAUUCAGGUCCCAGAGAAGUUACCCCUUUGACAGGCAGGUGUUGCAGGUGGCACCUGCCCCACCCGAAUCCUCUCAGGCUUCCUGCCCAGUGCAUGGACACCACAGAAUUGCAUUGCAGCAGCUUCCAGGGGCCCAGCCUGAAUUUGGAAUGGGAAAUUCCAGCACCAACCAAACGUGUUUCACAGAUGACUCUUUUAAGUAUAAUUUGAAUGGCGCUGUUUACAGCGUCGUGUUCAUCCUUGGCCUGAUAACAAACUGUGCAUCCCUUUUUGUCUUCUGCUGUCGGAUGAAAAUGAGAAGUGAGACUGCCAUUUUCAUCACCAACCUGGCCCUCUCCGAUCUGCUCUUUGUUUUCACUUUGCCUUUUAAGAUUUUUUACAACUUUAACAGACACUGGCCCUUUGGUGACACCCUCUGUAAGAUUUCUGGGACGGCGUUUCUCACCAACAUCUACGGUAGCAUGCUUUUCCUAACCUGCAUCAGCGUCGACCGAUUCCUAGCUAUUGUCUAUCCCUUCCGCUCUCGUACCAUCCGGACAAGAAGAAACUCUGCUAUCGUGUGUGCAGGAGUGUGGAUACUGGUCCUCAGCGGCGGAAUCUCGGCCUCUUUGUUCUCCACAACCAAUGUCUCCAAUUCCACAACAACCUGCUUUGAGGGAUUUUCCAAGCGCAUCUGGAAGACCUAUUUGUCCAAGAUUACUAUAUUUAUCGAAGUGGUAGGCUUCAUCAUUCCUUUGCUCCUGAACCUCACAUGCUCUUCUCUGGUACUUCGAACCCUCCGAAAACCAGCAACGCUGUCCCAGAUUGGAACCAACAAAGAGAAAGUGCUGAAGAUGAUCAUCGUGCAUGUGGCCAUUUUUAUUGUCUGUUUCGUGCCGUACAACUCUAUUCUCUUCCUCUAUGCUCUGGUCCGCUCCCAAGCCAUAACCAACUGCUCCUUGGAGAGGUUUGCCAAAACAAUGUACCCCAUUACGCUGUGCAUUGCAACACUCAAUUGCUGCUUUGACCCAUUCAUCUAUUACUUCACAUUGGAGUCCUUUCAGAAGUCUCUCUAUAUCAACACCCAGAUCAAAAUGGAGUCGCUUUUCAAGACGGAAACACCACUGACGGCGAAGACUUCUCUUCCGGCUAUCCAGGAGGAACUCAGUGACCAGGCGAUGACUAAUGGGGGAGAACUCAUGCUGGAAUCCAACCUCUAACCAGGCUAUGGAUCUCUCAUUCCAUAUCAGACAACAGCUUCCCAAUGGUGAGACCCUGAGCAACAGCUUUGAGUCUAUAUCUCAGAAACUAGUGACAGAAACACUGCCUCAAGGAGGAUCCGGAUUCUUGUAGUACCACAUGCCAUUUUUUCCCAAUACCAACAGAUCCAAUACCGUUAUAAUGUCCUGAGGGAGUACCAGAUUUUUUGCUGUCCUGGAGUUUUGCUACAUGAAAUGAAUGGGUAGGGGAAAUCUUUGUUUUCUAGAGAUUUUCAUUUGAAUGUUAAGUGGAGCAACAAGAUUGGACUCGGAGCCACAGAAUCGAGUCAGGAAAUGGAAAGCCAAACCUAUCUGCUUAGUACCGAUAGCUAUAUUCUAGUUGUUUUGUCUCUUUCUCCCUUCUUUACAAAGAAAGUUGGGGGUUCUUACCACGUUCACUUUGAAUGGCUAUUUUUUUAGGUCAAACCAGCAGUUUUCAUCUGUCUUUAAACUGACUCCAGGAAUAUAUUUUCAAGUUUGAUUUUUGCCAAAACAUUUGAAUGGAAACACGAUCAGAUUCAAUUCAACAACAAUGAAAUACUUACUACACACAAGGCACAACCUAGCUGAAUUUGACUUGUGUGUGUGUAUUUGAAAACAAAUCGGUUGUGUUUAUGUAAGAACAGAAGAGGAGAUAUCCAAGUACUGGUUCUUCUGAGCAGAAUACUUGCAAUAUCAACCGCCAUACAUGGUGGCGUGUUCAACUGCAUGCUUAUUUUACCUUUAUAUUUGUGUAACUUUCUUACUAGCAACAUUCAGAUGGAAGACCUCUGGGCACAGUAUAGCUAGAAAGCAUCCGAAUCUGUGCCCAGAGUAGGGGUUGUGGGCAUUGGGGGAGGGAGGGGUCAUAUUAAAAGAACAUUUUAGAGCACACAUUUAUCAUAUCUUUGCAUGAUCUGUAGCCUUGGCCAGUGUGUGCUUCAUCCUCUUAUCUAAUGAAGACCUCGGCUGCAGAGUAAAUAUAGGCACUAAACAUGUAGGUAGCAGCUAAGUUAGAAAAUCAGAUAGGACUAAUUCUUCUUUGCUCUUGCCAUUUAUAGCAGUGUGCCCAACUGGACACGCAUCUCUCCUACUACUCUUAGAGCAAAAAAAACAAACCAAGUUGGUCUUUUCUUUGCCACAUGCCUGCUUGUUUUGCAACUAACUUAUUAUUCAAUUUGCAUUUUUAUAGAUUUAUGGAACCUAUAUUAUAUAUAUAUACAUAUAUAUAUAUGUAUGUAUAUAAAUGAGUGUGUAUUUGUCCAUUGGGCCAAAGGUGUGAAGUCGUACAGUUGAGGCCCUGAAGGAUUUGAUGACAUGUGCGAAUCAUGAAUACAGGGUCUUUCUAGACAGUGAGGAGGUCACUGCAAUGGUUCUUGCUUCAGUGACCUGGUGAUGUGUCUAUAAUAAAAAUGUAACCAACCAAUGACAAUGGACUGAAUGUAUAUUUAUAUAGUAAACGGGAUUUUAAAUUACGCGUGAAAAUAAAAAUGAUACUUAACCUUUAAUUUCUGCUUAGACUGACUUGGACUUUAAAUGCUCAUUUAAUGUAAUAAAACAUUUGAAUUAGCCAAA